AGUCUUAACAACCCAACACACUCACACAUCUACUUCUUCUUCCUCCCACGUCGCCGGCACCCAAAUUCCCCGACUUCCUUCCAAUUUUCCGAUUCCCCACCAGAGCCUCGACUACAAAGCACAAGAAGAAGCCGCGAUGGCGAUGCGCCCGGCGGUGCUGAAGGCGGGGCUGGUGAUAGUUGGGCUCUGCAUAGCCGGCUACAUUCUGGGCCCACCUCUCUACUGGCACUUCAUGGAGGGCUUGGCCGCCGUCUCUCACUCCUCUUCUUCCUCCUACUCCUGCCCUCCUUGCACCUGCGACUGCUCUUCUCAGCCCCUCCUCUCCAUCCCCAUCGGACUCAGCAACAUUUCGUUUACAGACUGUGCAAAGCAUGAUCCGGAGGUGAACGAGGAUACGGAAAAGAACAUUGUGGAUCUUUUGACUGAGGAGUUGAAGCUCCGGGAAGCUCAAGCUUUGGAGAAUCAGCAAAAGGCUGAUAUAACUCUACUGGAGGCUAAGAAGAUUGCAUCACAGUAUCAAAAAGAAGCUGACAAGUGCAGUUCUGGGAUGGAAACGUGUGAAGAAGCGAGGGAGAAAUCUGAAGCAACAUUAGUGGCUCAGAGGAAAUUGACAGCAACGUGGGAGCUUAGGGCUCGUCAGAGAGGAUGGAAAGAAGGGAUGACCAAGUCUACUGCUCAGACACAAGGAAAUGUCCAGACUGUGUAGAAACCAUUUUGCAGAUUAAUUGAACAGAUUGUCUUCAACAUGGUACUUCCUACCUUGCUUAGUGAUAAACUUUACUAGGCUUUUCUUCUUUGCCUUAAAACUGGGGUAUAAUAUGCAAGAAUCUGAUCAAUUUACAUUCACCAAAACGAGUUAUUUGUUACCAUUUAUGGUUGAAAGUAUAGAAAGGUUAGUUAUUAUCCAAUUUGUAAUAGAAUGUUGGCAAGAACCUUGAUAAUCAAUUUCUCAACCCAGUUGUGGUUGAAUGUUCCACUUGUAAGACUAAAAGAAGAAAUUAUUCAUUAAAUGUUAGUAAGAAUGGCUGUCUAUCCCUGA